CCUCGUCUAGGCCCAUACCGUUCGCUCUAAACCCCCACCUUCUUCUCCCUCGUCUCCACCCCUCACCCACAUCCACUGCCUCCAAUCCUCGUUGCCUCUUCUAGCCUCAAACUGCGGCGAUGCACCUUCCUUCUCGAAGAAUGCUUCAUUUACCACCAUCGUCCGAUUAUGUGAGCCCAAGGAAUUGACGGAGACGAAGAAGAUUAUGGAUCAAUCGCUUCACAUCAUGUUUAAGGUUAAGGGUUUGAGAUUUCUUAAUCGACCCUCACACUAAAUGAUUCGAUCUCCUCUCUUUUUACCUUGUUCCCUCUAAUGAUGCCUCCACCUUCUGCCCUAGGCGUGUUCUUUUCCCCAAAAAAAUCAUCGCCCGUCUUCCUCCCCUCCCUACCGGAAAAGUGAUCUCCAGUUGGUUCCUUUCUUACCAUCACCGUUGUUUCGCGGCUUCACGACCUCCGCCGCCACCACAGGAUUUGAUGCUCCAUAUUCUAUUUCUCUCAAUAUCCACUACACCGUGCAUCCAUACAUUAAAUCACCAUAGCCUUCUUUCACCAUCUUAACCCUAGAUCCCCGUCCCCAACCUUCUUUCACUAUCUGUCUCUACCUCUAUCGAAAAAUCACUACACCGCCACAGGAAACCCUAGAGAAUGUCGUUGUUGUUCUACCUGAAAACCCUUGACCCAUGAAGUACGGAGACACAUGAUAUGGGUACGUUUCUUUGUGAAAUAUGUGUAUUUAUUUGUGUUCAUCUUUAUAUUCGAGCCAUUCCGCCAUGUUUUUCCAACGAUCUUCUGACCAUCGCCUCUCUUCCUUGUUUAUUCUCACAUCGAUAUUUAAACACCUAUCUCUCAUCUUCUUCACGCCUCCACUCUGGCUACCAAGUUCUGAAUAUUUGAAACCGCUCCUCCCAAUCAUCAGUAUGAAAAAACGACGCCCUUUCUUUGGAACAGCUGAUGUGGUCGACUGAAUAUGCUUCAGAGGUGAAAGAAAGUGAUGGAUGGAAGGAGAUUCACAACAACUCCAAGGCCUGUAAUGGUCGGUGAAUACACCUUAUUACUGAGGUAAUUCAAAAGGGAGUGAAAUGGGUUGCUUUUCCCCGAUUCUAGGGUAUUUAACUCUAAAAUAUUGUGUGGCUGUUGCUUAUAGGUGGAUGAACGUGAAUGCUAUUGUAAGACUUUCCCAACCAGAUGCUCUUAACAUGGAGAUAAUUCCAAAUCUAAAGGUAAUUCCUUUAUCUUCUCAGGAGUUAUACAGGAAGUCAUCAGCUCUCUAUAAAUAUAUUUGUCUUGAAAACGGGAAAAGCCUCCUUGAACUGCUUGAAAUAUGUAAAUCAUCAGCUUUGGAAUCUCUAGAAGUAGCUUUUGAGAAUGUAAUUACUUCAUUGCCUGUGAAGGAAGUCAAGGAACCUUCCAUAUGUACAGACUGCAACGGCCCAUUCGAAUCAUCUUCUACUGAAAAUAUGUUAAAAUGUGACACUUGUUUAAAUCAGAAGAAUCAAAAUCAGAAUCAGAAACAGGAACAACAAGUGGUGGCCCUUUCUGCAAUCAAUGUGGAAGUGGAAGUGGAAGAUAGGCCAUCAAGUCCAGUACUGAAGGCCAUUACAAAUACCGAGUUGCCAGUUUUAUCAGAAAAAAAGAGAGGAAGAGGGAGACCAAGGAAGUCAGAUUCAGUUCUGAACUCACCUAAAAGUGCUAAAAGUGGUAAGUUAUCACGAAGUAAGAUUAAAGACAAGAUACUAAAAAAGUUCAGGUCACCAAGGUCAACUACUGUAUCAAAGCCACCAGGGAGUGCUUUCUCCUCACAACAGAAGAGUGGAAAAAAGCUAACAAUAAAGAAUCAGCAGUUGCAUUGGCCUGUUUUUGAGGAAGGAGGUUUACCCGAUGGAACCAAACUAACUUAUGUUUCUCAUGGAAAGAAACUUCUAGAUGGUUAUAAGUUAGGUCAUGGAAUAUUCUGUUCAUGCUACAAGACUGAGAUAAGCGCCUCACAGUUUGAAGCGCAUGCUGGUUGGCCUUCACACAAAAAACCAUAUGAAGACAUUUACAUCUCAAAUGGAGUAUCUCUCCAUGAAUAUGCGGUUUCUUUAAAGAGAGCCGAAAACAAAAGAUGUCCUGUGAAGUUUAAUGAUGACUUAAUAUGUUGGGAUGGUGGAAAUCUGUUGCUUUGUGAUGGAUGCCCUAGGUCCUUCCAUAAAGAAUGUAUUGAUGAAAAGGAGAUCCCACAAGGAAAAUGGUAUUGCAGAUUUUGUACACAGGCAAUGAAAGUUGGUGAAGAUAGUGAAAAUGCUACAAAAACAUUGAUCUUGUUGCAUGUGUUUAUUUUAUGCAGAGGACAUGAUUUCAGCAAAAACGUGUUCAAUGAACGAACUGUUAUAGUUUGUGAUCAGUGCGAAAGAGAAUAUCAUAUCGGGUGUCUAAGGGAACAAAAAAUGGCUGAUUUGGAGGCAUUGCCAAAAGGGAAGUGGGAGAAGCAAAAGGAUAAGGAGGAGAAGGAGAAGGAGAAGGAGAAGGAGAAGGAAAAGGAGGAGGGGGACAAGGACAAUAAUGUAAUUUCUGACGAGGACAAGGAGAAGGACAAGAAUGUAAUUUCUGACAAGGAGAAGGAGAAGGAGAAGGAGAAGAAUACCGAUGCUUACACAAACAAUAUUUUUCAUGAAGGGUUUGACUUUAUUAUUGAUGCAACAAGUGGGCGUGAUUUUAUUCCAUCCAUGGUGUAUGGAAGGAAAAUUUGGAGUCCAGAUUUUGCAGGGAUGCUUUGUGCCAUAUUGACUAUAGAUGUGGUCCCACAUUCUUCGGAUGGAGAAAAGGGUUUUAAUGGAACCCUGAACACCAAAUGGAUCAAAUAUCAUAUCUCAAGCGCGGUCCCACAUUCUUUGGAUGGAGAAAAGGUUCACAAGAUAUCGGAGCAGGGGUUCAUUAAUCUUAAAGAAUUAUGAAAGGCAAGAUGCAACUCUACUUAGUUGGAAUUUGAUAUUUAUCAUCUUUGUGUAUAUCUUUUUAGUUUGUAUAGCAUUACAUUGCAGAAGGUAUUCCUUAAUGGUAAUGUAGUAUUAGGUUAUAUAGUUAGGGAAAACAUCUUAAUAACAAUGUACAAUUAGAUCCCCUUAAUAUCAAUGUAU